AAAACCUAAACCAAAGGAAACAAGGCAACCAAAGCAGAGCUAAGAACUGCCCUGUUGGAACGGCUUGAUGGUAUUGGGCAUAAAACCCUAGCAACAGAUAAGAAUGUAUAGCUAGAAAAUCUGUUGGACUUAAGACUUAGGCCCAAAAUCAUACUUUGACCUUUUCAAACUAAUUGAAUGAUUGUAAUACCCUUAGCUUUGAAAAUUAUUCUCUUCACCCUGCUAGAGUUUUCGCCGCCAAGCUCGUUCAGAACCACUGUUAAACCUAGUAUUACUAGUACUACUCUCUCUUAAUCUUCGCUUUAUUUCUGUCUUCGCUAAUGGUUAGUCAAUAUGCCAAACGCUUCUUACGCAGUCUUUACUAUAACAACAUUUUGAUUAAAAGACAAAAACUCUAUGCUAGGUUUGUGUACGGUAUUCUUAACCGUUGCCAGGCACAAUGGUCAAAAGCAGACGGAAGAAAAGAACUAAAUAAAAAGAAAGAUGCAAAAGAUGUGACUCAAGUUCCCUCAAAGCCUGAAAUUGAUAAGAAGGCUGGUUAUGAUACCAGCUUAUCCAAAUAUACUUCUGGUGGUGAAGAUUAUGUGGGUGCUACCAAGUGGAAAUUCGAGCUUGCUUGGCUCACAAAGGUUCUUGACCCAGCUCUGCAAUUGUGUAGGCGGGGUCUACCAAUAGGAAAUGAAUUAGGGGAUAAACCCCCGCCCAGCACUCGAUCAAUCUCAGAAAUCAUAUCAAUCAUUCAUCGGAGUAAGAUUGGAAUAGAAGAUUGGAGCUUGACAGAUCUUACCAUAGGCCUAUAUCUUAUUUACCUUCGUCAGGCGUCUUUGAAUCCAUUUGAGGAUGUUAAGGGUGUGAAGAUCACAUCAGAUUCAAUUGUCAAAGAUCUGAUAUACCAUAUGGAAUUAGCGACUGGGUGCUAUAAGGAUAAUGCUUCCGUCCUUGCGAGGACCAGCAUGCUUAGAGAAAGCAAUGUUUUGAAAUUUGUAAAGAACUCCAGUGUGAUGAGGCCUGGAUAUUAUAUAGGAGUUGAUCCUAGAAAGAAACUUGUAAUAGUUGGAAUCCGCGGAACUCAUACUGUCUAUGACCUUAUUACUGAUAUUGUUUUGUCAAGUGAUGGAGAGGUCACAUUUGAAGGCUAUUCAACUCACUUCGGGACAGCUGAAGCUGCUCGUUGGUUUCUUCACCAUGAAAUAGGAACGAUAAGAAAGUGCAUGGAGAAAUAUGAGGGGUUUAGGUUAAGGCUGGUGGGACAUUCUCUUGGAGCUGCAACAGCUUCUUUACUGGCAAUAAUGCUUCGUAAAAAGUCAAAAAUGGAGCUGGGUUUUAGCCCCGACAUUGUCUCUGCUGUUGGAUAUGCAACUUCUCCUUGUGUUUCCAAAGACCUUGCUGAAAGUUGCUCUGAUUUCGUUACAACCAUUGUAAUGCAGGAUGACAUUGUACCUAGACUAAGUGCAGCAUCUAUAGCAAGGCUGAGGAAUGAAAUUCUUCAAACAGACUGGAUGAGCGUAGUGGAGAAGGCAGACUGGAAAAGUAUAGUAGAUUUGGUCACAAAUGCCAAACUGGUUGUUUCUUCUGUACAAGAUGUUGCUAGGAAACUUGCUGAUUAUGCAAAGUUCAAAAGCAAAAGAGAAUCUUCUGACGGUCCCUUUAGAAAGGAAUCGACGUCAGUCCCUUCGGCCUCUAAAUCAGAAACAAAAAAUGUUGCAGUACUUCAGAAAGAGGAAGGUGCCUAUACAAUGUCAGAGGAGUUAUUUAUUCCCGGGACUGUUUACUAUUUGAAGAGGAAUGUAGAAAAUCAUGCUGGAAGCAGCGAUGACAGGCACAGGGAAUGUUUCAGUCUUUGGAGGAGACAUCCAGGUGAACAUUUCCAGAAGAUAGUGCUCUCAAGCAACUUAAUAUCAAACCACAGAUGCGUUAGCCACUAUUAUGCUUUACGAGAUGUACUAAAAGGUUUGCCGAUGUCCCAUGAUGAAGGCAUUUUCAGGUAGGAACAGGCUAAAAGCUCGAACAUCACAUCUUAUACACUGUAAAUUAUCAAAUAAUUAUAUAUUCAGAUCGGUAUGAUCAUAUUGAGGCAGUUUUUAAGCAUUUUUUGCAGAAGAAGGUAUAGUCCAGAAGAAAUUAAACAGUUUCUAAUGUGUUUACAUUCCUAGAUUUCUUACAACUGAAAUCAUUAAUCGUUGUCUAGUUGAUCUUGAAUAAGGAAGUUGCAAACUUGCAAUGUCUGCUUGAAAGCCAGUUUAUAAUAUCAAGCCAACUUCAUUUUGUAUGCUGUGAAAGGCAUUGAGUCUACUGACAAACCCAUCUUACAUUGCCAAUAUUUGUUCUUGGGAACUGCCUCCUAAGGUCUAACCCGUACUCUGUAGUCUAUCGCCUGCUUUAGCAUAAAGCCCUCCCCUUUUCAACUGCAAUCAAGUGCAGAAAUUCUUCCAGAAAUAUCCUAGUGAAUUGUGCUUUUAUAGCCUACAAAAAUUCUUGUAAGGAA